AAGCAGCGGACCUGACGCUUGUCGCAUCGCACGCAUUCUAUCCCAUCGCUUAAGACUGACGACUGGACCAUCCCUAACUAGGCGGCCACCAGUAAACCCCCCUUGUUUUCGUCUUCUCCCUUUACCGGUCCAUCGAAGUCAUUCCUCGAGCACUACCACCGGCCAUCAACGGCGGAGGAUCAGAUAAUCCACACACAAUCGCCAUGGCAUCCCCUCCGAAACCGUGGGAAAGACAAGGCGCGACGUCUGGUGCAUCGGCGCCCGCACCAGCAGCCUCUUCGGCCGCGACGCCAUCACCAGAGUCAAACACGACAACAACAUCAGGCUCAACCCCGGCCAUCCCCGCGAGACCUGCCAGUCUGACCGCCUCCGUCAACCAAAAUGCCGCCAACUACAGCAGACCAAUGGGCGCGAUGGGUACAUCACCAUACGGAGUCGGCGUAGGCUCGUACGGCACAACAUACGGCUCUUCAUACGGCUCGGCAUACUCGUCGCCCUAUUCCAGCCCCUAUUCCAGGUAUGGGGGUAUGGGCGGAUAUGGCAGUUCAAUGUACGGCGGUUACGGCGGGUCGAUGUACGGCGGUGGCAUGUACGGCGGCGGCGGCAUGUAUGGAGGAGGUAUGGGUGGCAUGCCGGAUCCCAACAACCCGGAAAGUUUGACCAACCGCUUCAACAUGAGCACGAUGGCCACAUUCCAGAUGCUGGAAGGCAUUGUCGGCGCAUUCGGGGGUUUUGCACAAAUGCUUGAAAGCACUUAUAUGGCGACACACUCAAGUUUCUUUGCCAUGGUUGCUGUCGCAGAGCAGUUUGGCAACCUUCGCCAGACACUAGGCUCCAUUCUGGGCAUCUUCACUAUUAUGCGCUGGAUUAGGACAGUGUUCGCCAAGAUCACCGGCAAGCCUCUACCAGCCGAUGUCUCCAGCCUCAAUCCAGCCUCUUUUGCCAUGUUUGAUGGACGCGGGAAGGGCGGUGCCGCAGCGGCUGCCGGUGGUGCCGCCGGUGCCAUGCCCAAGCCCAGCCGAAAGCCCCUCAUCUUCUUCGUUCUCGCUGCCUUCGGUCUGCCCUACGUGAUGAGCAGGGUGAUCAAGUCGCUGGCCUCCAACGCUGAGGAAGAGGAAAAGAAGCGCCAGCUCGUUGUCGCGCAACAACAAACCAUCGACCCGACCAAGCUCGAGUUCUGCCGCGUCCUGUACGACUUCUCGCCCGCCACGCAGGGGAAUGGCGAGAUCGUCCCGGGCGUAGACCUUGAAGUUCACAAGGGUGAUCUGGUUGCCGUUCUCAGCAAGAGCGAUCCUCUUGGCCAGCCUAGCGAGUGGUGGAAGUGUCGCGCCCGCGACGGAAGAAUUGGCUAUCUACCGGCUACCUUCCUCGAGGUACUUAAGAAGCCGGGUCAGCCUGUUGCAGCCAUUGCUGGGGCCCCAUCCAUCAGCAUUGACGGCGACACGAGGGCCAACUCGCUGAGCAGCAUCCUCAGCGACGCGGAUAAGAAAGUGCUGGUUCCGGCCCUCCCGGCGGCCAAGGCUAGCGAUAUCAGCGUCGAGAGCUUCCAGAAGUCGCAGUUCUUUUCUUAGAGACGCAAGGAACGCAGGCGGAAUGAUCUCAGCAAAAUGCACAUCGAGACGUCGCGGUUCAUGCCACGCUCUUCUCGGCUUCGACACUCGGUCUCAUUCUCUUAAUACACGCCUGAUUGUGCGAGCUCUGGAUCUACCAUGUGCAAAGCGCCGGGGGCGGCCUCCUGGGAGUGGCCCACCCAAUGGCCAACUAAUCGGCUUUCCUCCCCCAAACACAACAAUCAGACACAACAGCAAACCAAAUCAAAAUCGCGGAUUCUCCUUAAUUCGCAUUCGCCCAGCCUGGUGGAAAUGACCACACUUUCCUGCCAGGAAAAAUCAUCAAGCAGCUACGUAGAGGCACACGAGAGCGCGGUGAGAUAAUCAGUCGGAGCAUUUUCGGAAGUUUUCGAACUCGUCGGAAGGGUGUAAGACGUCACCAAACAAGCAUG